UUCAUAUUAGAUUUAAAUUCCUAUAUUUUUCAUGGAAAGUGUUGAAGGAUCGACACCCGACUUUGAUAUUUUACUAUGGUGGAAGGUGAACUUAAUCAGAUAUCCGAUCCUUGCCAAUAUGGCUCGAGAUGUGUUAGCUAUUCCCAUAUCUACUGUUACUUCUGAGUCGGCAUUUAGCGUUGGAGGUCGUGUCUUAGAUUCAUUUCGUAGCUCAUUGGCCCCAACAACAGUUGAAUCUCUUAUUUGCACACAAAACUGGUUAAUGGCUCCCUCCAUUAAUUAUGACUCCCAAGAUGUAAUGGAAGAUGCUGAAAGCUACAAGUUAGAAACCGGAUUCUUGGAGACAUAUUCAUGGGGGCUUACCACACAGGAUUCUUGGAGUUGGAGACAUAUUCAUGUGCAUUUUGCACUUUUUCUUGCUUCCUAUUUAGAGGAUAAUAGUAAUGUCGUUUGUAUAUGCUAUACGGUGCUUCUAGAGCGAGGAAGCAUUGCCUCAAUUGCAGAACGCAUGCAGGACUACCAAGUCAUUGCAAUGGUUGUUCUCUUUGGGCCAAAGAUGAAGCACAUUCAGAACCAAGUUCAAGAAGAUGUGAAGAAGAUAAUGAGCAGUUAA